AUGUCCUUAUCUUUACUAACUCCUCGAAUGAUAUCACGUCAGUGUCUCACUCGUAUAAUUGCUAUACGAAGUGCAUCGGGAUUGAAGCUACGGGGAGAACAAUCAUUGAAAGCUGACCCAGAUCAAGGAUAUUUCAAAUAUGAACGAGACAUCUCCCGCGACAAACGCUAUAGCAACCCACAGAAGCUGGGAGACACUCCCAUGAGCAAAACACAGUUCGGCGACAUAGCAUGCAUGUUAGGUCUGCUUGAAGUUGUUAUCUGUCAAGUCAUCCACAUCUCACGAAGGCUAAUCAUGACUAUGACUCCUGAAUAG